AUUUUUCAUAAAAUUAUUGGUAGUAUAAUUAUUAAUAUACCUUUGGUAGGUAAUACUAUAAUGAAUCGUUUAUGGCCUAAACGUUUUUAUCUAAUUUAAAAUUUACUUUCUGCCUGAUAGCGCUCCCAGUGACCAGUGAAAACUGGAACUGUGGUACCAUGACUCAUGACUUGACUAGAUAACUAUAACAUAAUAUUUCAAGUUUUGUGUUAAUUUAAAUUAAAUCACACAAAAUUUAUUACACUGAUCAUAUUUAAAAUCGAUUAUGUGGAAUGUUUUGUUUAAGCUUAUCAAGUUUUUAAAAUUUUGUUUUUUGAGCUAUUAUACAUUAUUGUAGUAAAAUUGUGAUAGGUAUUUAAAAUUCAGACUUCGGUGUAAAUAUUAUAAGAUUCCUAUAGUUAUUUUCAAUUUAAAAUACACAUUUCUUAAACAUUAUACACACCUUUAAUUUUUUCUCAAAUUAUUCCACUGUGGUUUUUUAUAAUCAGUUGGCUACUUCUUUAAAUCUGUUUUCUGCUGUAAGAUCACAUUACUAAUUUUAAUAUGACUUCAGUGGAAGUAAAGGAAGUCGUUGAGCAUCCCAUUAAGUUAAGAGGUAAAUACAUUUAUGUCAAGUCCUUAAAAUAUUUUUGAAAUAAAUAGUCUGUAUUAUUUAAUUUUGUAAAUAUAUUACACAAAUUGUUAUAUUAUAUAUAAAUUGUGAUAAUAGUAAAUAACUGAUUUUAUGUUUGUUCAACUUAGUAAUGCGUCUUGGCAAGCCAGUUAUCUUUAAUUCUAAAGUAGUCACGUGCGAUUCCAAAGAUUUACCUGGAGCUGUAUUAAAUACACAUUUGAAAAAAGAUGUGACUACAUUGGCCAAUGCUGAAACAUUAGCUGCAGGAUCAUUUCUUAUGGUUCCUAAUGUCCUUGAGUAUGUAAGUUAUAAAAGUUUGGUGAUUCAUAAAUUUAUACAGAUUGUUUUUAGAAAUUUAUAUCUCGGUGAAACAUUUCUGUGUUAUGUUUACUUGAAGAAUGAAAGCUCCCAAACAAUCCACGAUAUAAUUUUAAAAGCAGAAAUAGAUACAGCAACAUCACAUAUACCAAUUUUAGGACCAAAAUCUUUUUCUAAGUUAGACCCAUAUGCAUCUAUUGAUGUUAUUGUUAAACACGAAGUUAAAGAACACGGAACUGUCAAGUAUGUGUGCAUAAAUUAAAGCUUUUUUUUUUGAGUAGGUAAAUUAAGUGUUUUUUUUAGUAAAUUAAUUUGUCAAGUGGAAUAUGAUAGAAAACAUUCUUUUGAAACAAUAUUCAGCUAUAGAGUUCCAAAACCUUUAGAUCUGAAAACAAAAUUUUAUAACACCGUAGUAAGUUAUUUUCAUAAUAAGAUAAUUUAGAUAAAUAGAUAACUUACACAUUUCUAUUUUAAUUUUAGACAGAUGAAGUGUAUUUAGAAGUUCAAGUCCAAAAUAUAAUGUCUACUCCAAUUACACUGGAAAAGUUUAAUUUAGAAUCCUCAUUUGGAUAUGAUGGUAAGUUUGACGUUACUUUUAGUUUUAGUUAUCACAGUUGAUUUAGGGAAUUAUGUUUACAGUGAAUUCAAUGAAUCAUUUACUUGAAAGCCCUGAAAAUAAAUCUGUGUUCGGUGAUUUGGAUAUAUUGGAUGUGAAAGAAACAAGGCAGUAUAUGUAUAGAUUAUGUUUAGAUCAAACUAUUGAAAAAAAUCCUUCAAGAACAAAUAAUCUUGGAAAAUUGGAUAUUUUAUGGAGGUCCAAUAUGGGAACUAAAGGACAGAUACAAUCCAGUCCAUUACUAAGACAGGUAGUUUAUUGGUUUUAUAUUAUUAUUAGUCUUUCUAAAAUUUCUUUUCUAUAAGCGCGUGUAAAAUUCAUCCACAGUUUGUGUAAUUAGAAAAAUAGUGCCUCAUCGUAAAAAUUAACUAAAAAAUCUCAGCAAGUUUAUUCACAAUAGAUCAUGUCACUCUCCUAGAACAACACUUAUGGCCUUUUUUUGGGUAGCAAAGAUCAGUUCUAUUUGACAGAAAAAUGCCAUAUUUAGUAUCAUUUUUUUUUUUAUUUUACCAUUAUAAAGACAUGUCAGUCUAGAAUUAUUCAAUUUUUAGCUAAUUUUCAAAGUAAUGCAGCUAUAUUUUACAUUGUGACUUUGAUUUAUCAAUUUAAUUACUAAAGUCAUAAUUCAAGACUGUUGUAUCUCCAAUAUAUUCAGUGUAAUAUUACAUAUUUUAGUAUUUGGCUAUCUUAAAAUAAAUUAGUGUAUAUGCAACACAGCUAUAUUUCAAAAUAAACUUCAAAUCGCUUUUUUUCAAAACCAUACAUUAUUGUAGUAGUCAUAAUGAAUUGGAAUUUGAGUUAAAUUAAAAUAAAAAUGAAAAACAAUUUUGGUAUUACAAAUAUCUACCAAUAAUUUAUAAAAAUUCCAACAAUUUUUUAAAGUUUAAAAUUAUUUAAACUGUUUUCAUUGUCACUAUUAAAUUAUAUCCAUCAAUUUGUCAAUGAUUUUUGAAAUCUUCAAAAAAUUUAAAAAAUUGAAUGGUUUAUCUUUAGUAAUUAUUACAAAAAAAAAAAUUUCAAAAUAUUGAUCAGAACAAAAGUUAUUAAAUUUGUUGAAAUGUUACAAAAAACCGGAUCGAUUAGCAGGCAACUGCAACUUAGUGUGUUUUAUACAUACAAAACACAUAUUGUUUAUUGCUUGCUAUUAACCAUCUGUUUACCUGGCUUUAUUGUGAGCAGCCAUGUAGUUCAUAUGUACCUUUUAUUAGUACUUUCAAUGAAAAUUAUGAAAAACUCGAUCAAAAAUACUAAAUUUGGAUAUAAAAAAAAUGAUUAAUUUAUGUCUAUUAAAGACGUUUUACAAAUGACAAACACUUAUUGUUUUAUAAUUUAUAGAUAUUGUACUUUUAUUGUCAAAAUAACAUACUUCUUAGUUUAAAUGGAUUCAUAAAAAGUUUAUAUAGUAUUUUGAAUAUUUUUAUUUAGAUUCCUGAAUUAGAUGAUAUAACAUUUUCUAUAACAUAUUUACCCGAUACAGUUUUUUGUGAAGAACAAUUUGACUUCACGUGCUCAAUAAAAAACAAUAGGUAAGUUUGAAAAUAGUUUAUCAAAAAAAAAAAUAUAUAUAGAUAUAGAUAUAUAUUAAUAUGUUGAUUUAGAAAUCGUGACAUGCAAUUUGUUGUUGAAGUCAGUGAUGAAGAAGAUAGUAACCUCGCAUGGACCAUGGUAUCAGGCAUGCAAUUGAGACUUUUACCUCCAUAUGCCACAAUUAAAACUGUAUUUUCAAUGGUAGCACUUAACCAUGGUUUACAAGUAAUAUUUUAGUAAUAUUUUGAAGAAAAUAAUAUAAUAUAUUAUUUCAUGUUUUAGGUUAUAUCAGGUAUAAAGUUAAAAGAAUUAAUACUCAACCGUACGUACACAUACAAUAAUUUUGGCCAUGUAUUCGUUACUCAAAACAGUUAACCAUUGAGUGCCAUUAUUUCUAGUUCCUGUGAUAUUUUAAAAAUAAACAACAUUCAAUCUAUUAAAACCAAAUAUCUUUGUAGUAGUUAAAACUUAUUUUUAAUGUACAAUUUAUUUAUGUAUAAUGGUAGUUUUUAUUUAUUGUUUACGUUUAUUAUACUAUGUUUUUUUUUUUGUAGGUAUCUACAUACAAUUAAAUUAACAUAUUUAAUAAUUUAUUUAUUUAUAUAUAUAUAUAUUUAUAUGUUUGAACAUUAUUUGUUUUGAUCAGAUUUGUUUUAAAAUAAAUAGUAAAAAUAACAUUUGUUUACGUUUGAUCAUUACAAUUGAUUAAACAUUACAUAUUAUCUAGUAAAAAUAAAAAUAUAACGUGAUUCUACAGACAUAAAAUUUAUUAAUAAAACAUUGUAAUAAUCAUUACCAAAUAUUAUUAAAAUAAUACUAGAUGGUUAUUUGUUUAAUAAAAUUGAGCGGUUUUUGUUCUCUAAUUAUAGAGCAUGCGAUUAGUUUUUUUUUUUUUUUUUAGUAUUAAUAUUCAUAAAAAAAAAUAAUUUAUAGGAUUUAAUUAUAAAAAUAAGUUGUAAACAAUAAUUAUAAUGAAAACGAUAAUACUUAAUACCCUACCCAUAAUAAAUAUUGUUUUUGUCAUAAAAUAAACAUCUUUGGAACCAAAAUUUAAGGAACACUGGAAUACUCCUUCAUUGGAAAGAGAUUCUCAAAAUAGAUAAAUAUCACAGAUCACUAAAAAGGUUUUGUUUUCUUCGGUUUAUGGCAAAACAUGGCAUGCACCGAAGAUAUUAGAUCGAAAAUUAACACGAUCAUUAUUAAUACAAGUAUACCGAUGUACUGGAUUAUGGCAGCAAUACAAAUGAUUAUCCGUCAAGCCAUUGUAUCUAAACGACAUUUUACACGCCACAACUUCACUGUUCCAUCACUGUAAAUAUU